UAAUAGCUAUAGUAUGGUCACUACUGUCAAAGAAUGGACGGUGAAUUUAUUUUUCUUGUCUUGUACUUAUGCAGAAUACAAAAUUUUGCAUUUGAAUACCAAAACAGUAGAAUAUAACAUAUUCUGUGGUUUUAAUAUCAUUGGGAAACGAUCUCAUAUCGUUGUAUAAACUUUCACGGGCCUAGGCAAAGAAUUGGCCAAAGAAUAACAUAAAAACGUGAACUACCUUCCACAGUUAGCACCAGUGAAGUUUGAAAUAUAAUUUGCGAUGGUGUUGCUGAAAUUCGUUAUGUGUACGAACGUUUUGGCCGUCGCUGUGGGUGCGCCCGCACUAUUUUCAAGAGAUUUGGACAACGAAGUGAUAACUUACGACUUUCCGUUUGUAACCCGAGCGCAAUGGUCAGCUCGCACCGCAAAACAAAAGCUGCCUUUACCAACUCCAGCUCCCUACGUCGUCAUCCACCACUCUUACACACCCCCUGCUUGCUACGACGGGCCACAGUGUAAACAGGCUAUGAGGAGCAUGCAAAACUUUCAUAUGGACGAUCGGGGGUGGUGGGAUAUUGGAUACAAUUUCGCUGUGGGAGCAGACGGUGCUGCCUACGAAGGUAGAGGGUGGGACAUUCUUGGUGCUCAUGCCCUACAUUUCAAUAAUGUAAGCAUUGGAAUAUGCCUUAUUGGAGACUGGAGUACUACUCUACCUCCGACAAGUCAACUAAAAACCGCUCAAGCAUUAAUAGCUGCUGGGGUAGAAUUGGGAUAUUUAAAAGAAGAUUACAAGUUGGUCGGUCAUAGGCAAGUCCGUGACACGGAGUGCCCCGGGGUUGCGCUGUACAAUGAAAUCCAGACUUGGGACCACUACACACCUUUCCCAGCUUCGGUUGACGAUUUACCAAAACUAGAAGAGCUUAAACAUGUAUGAUUUAGUUAUAUAUUUACUAGUUUAAUAUAGCUAAUAUUGAAAAUAUCCAUGACAUCAGAGGCUAUGAUUAUUUACUCGCAGAUAUAUAAUUUUAUAUAGUUAACCAUUUGGUUUUUUGAUAAAUAAUUCAAUUCCAUCAGAAAUUUAAAAAACAUAUAUAUGUUACUUGUACCUAUAGCAUAGUGCGAGCAUACUUUUUGUAAUAAUUAAUUUAUGUACCUAUAUCAUUUUAUUAUGUAUAUUUACAGUUCCUAUUAUUAUUAUUUAGAUUAUACGACGUGAUUAUUUCAGUUUUUUACUACAAUUUUGUUGGUAAUUACUAGUAAAAGGCGUAAAUAUUAUUAGUAGAUGUUAUAUUUCUUAGGUGUAAGUAAAAUAAAAUAAAAUUUACAA